CCUACCGCUUACAGUCAAGCUUUUCACCUUCUCCGUUCACAUCAUGCUCCCAAUACGCUUUGCAGAAUAUCCCUCUCUGCGGAGAAAAGAGGGCUGUGGAUUGAUUUGUCCGACUGAGAAGUGAUGUGGAGCGGUGGGCUGCUGUGAGGUGCCAGACCUGAACUCACAGCUUUCAUUCAAGAUCACAGGGAUCACAAAGAGGAGCAAAGAGCUGAUUGGACAGCACAUGGAAAAUAGAUGCAUCACUAAACAAGUCUGUUAUGUUGACGGUCAUGUCCCGAUAGGAGCAUGUCAAGAAGAAGCAGGUGUUUAUAUUUAACAAUCACCUUCUCCUCUAAAAACUGCCUGGUAAUUGUCAGCACCCUCACAGUAUUAUCAGCUGUUUUAUGACUGGCUGAGUGUAAUGACCAAACAAGCUGUUGGGGAGUAUUAAGAGCGUCAGAAUGACCUGGACUGAGGACAGGAUGCUGAACUCUUCUGGUCCAGAGGGUCCAGUGGGGAACAGCAGCAGCGUGGAGCAGAUCCUCGUCCCCAUAAUGGAUUCACUCAUUUUGAUCCUGGGAGUUACUGGACACAGCUUAGUGAUGGUGAUCUUGUGUGGACGACAGAGGAGGGGGGUGGGACACACUGGACAAACUCCCCAGGUGUCCACGAUGGGCACGGGAACGGACAUCCUGCUGCUGGCUCUGAGUGCUGCAGAUCUGCUUCUGCUCUCCACGAUUCCCUUCUACACGGUCUCCAUAGCCAUGCAGAAGUGGCCGUUUGGGAACGUCAUGUGCCGUCUGGUGGGCUUCCUGGGAUCUGCCUGCUCGUCCGCCAGCGUCUUCACCCUGGCGGCGCUGGCCGUCUCUCGUUAUCUUACUGUGGUGAAACCCACCAGAGCAUACAGCCUGCUCAUCCCUCGCAGGGUCUCCAUGAUCGCCGUCCUCAUCUGGGUCCCAGCCUGCUCCCUCGGAGCCCCUCAGUUGGCUUUCCGCUCCGUGGGACCCCCUCGAGAAAUCACUGACGGCCUCACUUGCUUUGCCUUCCUAUCUCACGAGCAGCAGAUGAUUUAUGGACUGUUUCACUUCCUCGCAGCCUUCAUGCUUCCAUUGGUCACCAUCGCAGUGGCAUACGGCAGCAUCUACGUGUUCCUGUGGCGGGGCCAGCAAGCUGGCAGGGCCCCCCAAGUCGAGCGCUAUCAAAGCAAAGUGACUCAGACGACAGCCAUGCUGGUGCUGGCCUUUACUGUGUGCUGGCUGCCCUCGUAUGGACUGACGCUGGCCUUACUGGCCAAUCCAAACUCGGGGGCCACUGGGGCCACGCCGCGUUAUGGCGCCUUUAGUGUGUUUGCUCGCCUAAUGGCAACCUCUUCUACAGUGAUGAACCCUAUCCUCUACGUCCUGAUGUCCCAAAAGUUCAGACAGGAUCUGCUGAGAAUUUUCAAACGGGAACGGCAAAAAGUAAAGAACAAUGUGGUGUUGUCUGUUGUCUGACAGUAUUAAUGUAACCAACUCACUGACUGGAAAACAAACUUUACGCUGUAAGACCUGUGAAUAAAAUGGUUGCCACUUGGCAUCGGUGAUAGACUGAAACUGGAAAGCUAUGCCACUCAUUGUAAACCAAUAUUCACCCUUGAGUCGCAUUAAGAGAUUAUUGUGCAAAACGGUCUUAAAAUCUGCUUUGUGUCCAGAUGAUUUACAAGAACAGUAGGAAUUGCCUAUUCCGGGGAAGAGUGGCAAGAAAUAAAUAGAUAAGAAGGAUCGAUUGUUUACAAGCCAUGUAGCUGAUACAGCAAACCCGCUAAAGAAAACUGACUGCAUGUUUAGGGUCGUUGUCUGUACAGCAACACAUUGCAGCUAGAGCUAAAAGGCAUUUAUGGUCUGCAUUCAGUGGUACUUAGAUGAAAUUUUAGCAUUAAUAAUUUGCAAGAAAAAUAUUAAUGUAAUAAUUGUGUAGCAACUGAUGAGAGUGGGCCAGGAACAAAUGCUGGGAUCAACUUACGCUGUGAUUUAUUCCUUUGUAAAGUUCAAUCUCAGAUCAGCAAAUAGCAUCAAAUCUAAAUGUAUUUCUGUUUCAAGUUAGAAAAUCAAUAAAAUUUGCUAAUUAAUGCAUGUUAUUUGUUGAUCAGGAGACCUGCUAGUAGCAACACAAUGUAAUAAAUAUUUUUUCUGAGAUUUGUACUGUCAAACAGCACAGCAACUAGUUUAAUAAAGCACAGUAUGUGAUUUGUAUAAAAAGUACAAAUAAAAAGUUAUUCCUGUUCAUAUUCAGCCACGACUAAAGUGCAAAGUAGCCAUUUUGGAUUUUGACGUUGGGGUUGGUAAGAAUCCUCUGACUUGGACUGAGAAUCUAUUAAUUUGUCCAACUUUAAAUCUUGUAAAUGUACAUGUCAGAGUAACAAUGGAACAUUAAACAUAACAUUAAACUCCCUCUUCUGACCAAUUAUCCCAAACAAACAAAUAAGUGUUGAGCAACAAAUUAUGAAGCUUAUUUUCCUUUUGCCCCAUUGUUUUAAAUGAAAUGAGUUUGUUCAAACUGUCAAACUUUGUGUGUACUUGGGUGUUACCUACUGUAAAAUGUUUGAGAGCCAGCAAUAUAGAUCAAAGCAUAAUCAUGUGUAAAUGACCUGGUUAAAGUCCAGACUUCAACCUAGUUAAUAGCCUGUGGUAAAACUUGAAAACCGAUGUUUGUAGACAGCAUUUGUUCAAUCUGAACGCAUUAUUUGGUAAAGAAUUAAAAACAAACAUUUAUUUUUUUUAUCUGUAGUGUAGAUUACAGAUAGGAGAACUGAAUUGCAUAAGACGAUCACAAGAUUUGCUGUGGGUGUGGAUGGCUUACGGGCGCAGUAGGAGAACCAAUUCUGAAUCACAUUCCAUGUUAAACAGAUUAAAGCGAAGCUACUUUGGUAAAACAUUAACACUGCACCUGUGUUUUGUUGUGCUCAGAUAAAGUAAAUGAAGGUCUAUUUGUUUCUGGACCUCCUGUCCAUUUUGUUCUCAAAGCAUAAAUAAAAAAAUAA